GACGGCCGAGCUGCAGGCCGCGAGCGGCGGCCCCGGCGGCCUCGAGGCGGUGAGCGGGCGGCGGAGGGGGGAGGCGGGGCGAGGCGGCCCAGCGGAGCGUCUGAGCGGGGCGGGAGGGGCGGCCCGAGGCCUCCCGCGGGCGGGUGGUGGGUGUGGGGAGGCUGCGGGCUGAGCUGCUGCGUGCGUACGGCGGUCUGCGGGCGGGACGGGGUCACAGCUGACAUAGGGCAGGCGUGGAGGCACAGCGGGCACAGGGAUACGGCAUGCGGGAGGACACAGCGCACACAGCGUGCACAGGGAUGCAGCGUGCAUGGAGACACAGCGCACGCGCAGCGUGCAUGGGGGCACAGCGCGUGUAGUGUGCACGGGGACACAGCACGCACGGUGUGCACAGAGAUACAGCCCGUACACAGCUUGCACAGGGACACAGCACACGUGCAGCGUGCACAGGGGUAGAGAAUGCACGGGGACACAGCACACACACGGCAUGCACGGGGAUACAGGGUGCCCUGAGGCACAGCAUGCACUGGGAUUCAGCACCCAUGUAGUGUGCAUAGGGACACAGCGCUCACAGUGUGCACAAAGACACAGCACACACACAGCUUGCACUGGGGUGCAGCGUAGACAGGGGUACAGUACACAGAGGAUGUGCAGAGAUGCAGUGUGCAUGGGACACAGCACACACAGCAUGCACAGGGGCACAGCAUGCAUGGGGACAGCAUGCACUGAGAUGCAGUGCACCCAGGAGCACAGCACGCACAGGGACACAGCAAGGACACAGUGCAUGCUCUGUGCACAGGGAUGCCACACACGCAGAACCACAGCAUGCACAGGGCUGCAGAGCUCCGUGGUGAGCACAGGGAUGUGGCAUACACGCACAGAGCUAGAGCACACACCCAGCUUGCACACGGACACAGCAUGCUCGAGGAUGUGGGCUCAUUCUGUGUGCACAUUUGAGCCCUUCAGGAGCUUUCCUCAGGUGCAGCAGGAGGCAUGGAUCAUUGUGCACUUUGCACAGGAUUGCCAGGUUUUAAACAAGAUGAAAGAGAUAACAGGAAUUCAGGAUGCAGACUUCCUUCACGCUGCUCUCAAGGCUGCUAAGGGAAACCUGAUGGAGGCACUCAUCGUCCUCACAGAGGAGCGUGAUCAGGAGCCUGUUCAGAACACAGCUGCUGCAGAGCCGUCCUCUUGGGAAGGCAGUGCAGUGGGCAAAGAGCCCCCACAAGGUGGUGCUGCGUUCGACCCUGAAAAGAAAGGAGAUGUGCACUCAGCUGUUGCCUACGGACAGCUGGAAUCACCAAAAGCUCAUGCUGCUGAAAGACCACAGGAGGUCCAUUCUCCUGAACACAAAAACCGCUCCAAAAGGAAACGCUGUGAAGUCUGGGGAGAGAAUUCCAAACAGAGCGACUGGAAGAGAGUGGGCGAUUGGCCUGUGGGGAUGAAGAACAUCGGCAACACGUGUUGGUUUAGUGCUGUCAUACAGUCUCUUUUCCAGUUGCCGCAGUUCCGGAGGUUGGUGCUCAGCUACUCCUUCCCACCAAAUGUACUUGAGAGCUGCCGGACACGCACUGGAAAAAGAAAUAUUGCAUUCAUGCAAGAGCUUCAGUGUCUGUUUGCUUUAAUGCUGGGAACACGUCGGAAGUUUGUGGACCCUUCUGCAGCACUGGAACUCUUAAGGGAUGCGUUUAAAUCAACCGAGGAGCAGCAGCAAGAUGUGAGUGAGUUCACACACAAACUGCUGGAUUGGCUGGAAGAUGCAUUCCAGCUCGCUGUGAAUGUCAGAAGCCCUGGGGACAAAUCCGAAAACCCAAUGGUCCAACUUUUCUAUGGGACUUUCUUGACUGAGGGGGUCCACGAGGGCAAUACUUUUUCCAAGAUCGAAACCUUUGGUCAGUAUCCCCUUCAGGUAAAUGGUUAUCGAAACUUGAAUGAGUGCUUGGAAGGAGCCAUGGUGGAGGGAGAGAUGGAUGAGGAGACAGCAACUCAGUCAGUGAAAUAUGUACAGGAGCGCUGGUUCACCAAACUCCCUCCUGUGCUGACCUUUGAACUCUCCCGAUUUGAGUUCAACCAAUCCCUGGGACAGCCAGAGAAAAUCCACACAAAGCUGGAGUUCCCUCAGACUAUUUUCAUGGACAGGUACCUCUACUGCAGCAAAGAGCUUAUUCAGACAAAGAGAGAAGAAAUGAAGAAAUUGAAGGAGAAGAUGCUGGUUCUGCAACAGAAACUGGAAAGGUAUAUGAAGUACGGCUCUGGCCCAGCACGCUUCCCACUGCCUGACAUGCUGCAAUAUGUUCUGGAAUUCAUCACUACAAAGCCUGCUGGAGCUGUGUCCUCUGCGUGCGUGUCUUCUACUGAGGACUCUCAGAUGAUGGACAGGCAGUCCCAGGGCGAGUCGCUCAUUCUGGGCACACCUUCACAGCCUGACAGCAUGCUAGAUGGAAAGGAUGGUAAACCUGAAGAUGAAGCUGUCCUAUUGGCAAAUUCCUCACCUCAGCAACAACUGAACGCGCCUCUGCAGCCUUCUGAACCACCAGCAGAGAUGUCAGACUGUCCUGCUCCCCACGUGGUUUCUGAGGAAGAGAUGAACCUGGUUACGACGUGUCUGCAGCGAUGGAGGAAUGAGAUUGAGCAAGAUGUGCGAGAUCUGAAGGAGUCCAUUGCCAGAGUCAGCCUAUCCAUUGACGAAAUGUACAGCGACCCUCACCUCCAGCAGGUUCCUUAUCACUUGCACGCUGUCUUGGUGCAUGAAGGGCAAGCAAAUGCUGGUCACUACUGGGCCUUCAUAUAUGACCAGCCUCGGAAAAGCUGGCUGAAAUACAAUGACAUCUCAGUGACAGAAUCAUCGUGGGAAGAGCUGGAGAGAGAUUCAUUUGGUGGCCUGAGGAACGCCAGUGCUUACUGCCUGAUGUACAUAAGCGAUAAGGUGUCCCACGUUGUUGCAGGUGAAGGUGACGGCUCAGAGGUCGGGCAGUUCCAGAAGGAGGUGGAGGCUUUGCCCCCAGAGCUGAGGCGUUACAUCCAGGAGGACAACUGGCGGCUCGAGCAGGAGGCAGAAGAGUGGGAGGAGGAGCAGUCCUGCAAGAUUCCUUCAACUGCUUCUGAAUCUCAAGAGCUCUCUCCUGAGUCGGGGCUAGGUGAUGCCACGUCUGAUUUUGCAAGCUGUGUUGAAAUGAAUGAUCCACCUGCAGCCCACGAGCAGAGCCUGCGCUCUCUGUCCUCGGAGCACGCCAUGAUUGCAAAGGAGCAGACUGCUAAAGCCAUUGCCAACGCAGCCAAAGUCUACGAGAAGAACGGCGUGGAGGCAGCGCUCUGCGAGCCAAAGGAGGUAGAACCAAUGAAGGCCCAACUGGGAGAAACCACCUUUACAGUUCAGGCAGAGCAACCUCAGGAUGCUAAAGAAGCAGAGCCCACUGCCCAGAGUAGCUCACAGAUCUCGGAAGUGGAAAUCCCCAGUGUGGGGAAGGUUCCUGUUAGAUCUGAUGCAGAUGGAUAUAAUGAGGAGGUGAUGCUGAGUCCAGCCAUGCAAGGUGUCAUCCUGGCUAUUGCAAAAGCCCGCCAGACCUUUGAUCGUGAUGGGUCUGAAGCGGGGCUCGUUAAGGCAUUCCACGAGGAGUACUCCAGACUCUAUCUCCUUUCCAAAGAGACCCCGACCCCUCAGAACGAUGCCCGCUUGCAACACGUGCUCGUUUACUUCCUUCAGAACGAUGCUCCCCAGCAGAUUGUGGAACGGACCCUCCUCGAGCAGUUUGCAGACAAAAACCUCAGCUACGAUGAAAGGUCCAUUAGCAUCAUGAAGGUAGCACGAGAUAAACUGAAAGAGAUCGGUCCUGAUGAGGUCAAUAUGGAGGAGUAUAAGAAGUGGCACGAGGACUACAGUCUUUUUCGGAAGGUGUCUGUUUACCUGCUUACAGGGUUGGAGCUGUACCAGAAUAGAAAGUACAAGGAGUCCCUGACCUACCUGAUCUAUGCCUACCAAAGCAACACCACUCUGCUGAAGAAGGGAGCCAACAGAGGAGUGAAUGAAUCGCUGAUCACCUUGUAUAGAAGAAAGUGUCUCUUGAAGCUGAAUGAGGUGGCAUCAUCUCUGUUUGUAAGCUGUGAGGAAGCCCACGUGGCAGAGGGCAUUAGCAUCCUGAAUGAGCUGAUCAUCCCCUGUAUGCACCUCAUUAACAACUUUGACAUCUCCAGAGAAGACAUGGAUGCCAUUGAGGUCAUGAGAAACCGCUGGUGCUCCUAUCUGGGACGAGAAGACAUGGACGCAAGCCUGCAGAUCAGGCUGGGCGAGCUGCUCCCCCGCCUGCUAGACGGCUCCACGGAGGUGGUGGUGCUGAAGGAGCCCCCAAAGAUCCGUCCCAACUCCCCAUACGACCUCUGCAGCCGCUUUGCAGCGGUGAUGGAGUCCAUCCAUGACGCCUCGACUGUGACUGUGAAGUAGAUGGCAGAGCUGGCACCUCGGAGUGGCACACUGUGAAGCAUCCGUGCACAGCAUCCUCCCGCCAGGCGGUAUUCAGGGAGGGAAGAGGUGAUUUCGUGUUGAGACCUGUGUGCUUUGUAAAUAGGAGCGAAUGAAAAGCAAUAUUGCACUUUUGAGAUAAGAUGCUAAGUGAGAAUGCAAAGCACGUGAACCACUGUACUAAUAUGGCACAGCAGGUACCUGGCAGUUCCACCUGCCUUAUUUUCCUAGGACCAGAUGAGGACACUUCUUCUAUUGUGGCAACUCUGUACGCUGUCCAGCAAGCACACAUCCCUGGGAAUGACAUCAACAGCAGAGGAAGAGUUUGGUUUAUCCGUUGAGCUGAGCUAUUGGCUGUCAUUGAUCCAUCAGACACAUUUACAUCUUCCUAAGUCAUUGGCUGCAUUAUAUAUUCAGAUCUGGCCAAACUUCUGUCUGAGAGGAACAGCAGAGCUCACUCUGUAUGUUGUGUGCAGUCAGGCGUGCAACUGCAUAUUUCAGUUAAGUUAAACAAGCAUUUCCCUUUUGUGUUCUAACUGGCAAAAGAAAAGGAGGAGGAUUCUUCCUCUGAGAAAGGCAAAAUCAAACAGUGGCAGUGACGAGCCAGGACGGAGCUGGAAGCUUUACGAGUGCUGCGCUGUUAGCUGGCUGGUUCAGGGCUGAACCCCAUGGGGUGUAUUACCCUCUUGGGUUGGAAAGUGAACUUCCUUCUCAUCUCUGGUGGAUAUUCGGUGCUGGGUGAGCGAUGGUAACUGCAAGGCCUAGGAUCAGCCCCCUUUUCUUUUUGAUUAACUUCCUGUAAGAAAUAAAUUAUGCCUCGUUUGGAGUUCCUUUUGCAGGCAGCCUGUGAUUGUGUUUGAACACUGACGGUUGUUUAAACCAGACAUUCUGAGUAAGUGGAGGAGGAAGCCUGUUUGUUAGGACUAUGCAGUUUUCCUAAAAGUGCAAUAAAAGCAUUUGUUCUAUGUUAGAAUGGAAAAA